ACGAAUUUUUGAACGAAUUCCCAUGCAACACAAUAUCACGUUGAAAGUAACAAAAUAUCACGUUGCACAGGUAGAGUCAAACACAAAAAUUAUAAAAAUAAUAAUUCAAUUGUAAUUAAGAUUUAAAACAGAUCGGACGGAAUAAAAAAGAAGAAAAUCUAAUUUUGUGCGUUUUAAUUUUUUGAUUUAAUUAAUAAAAAAUAUUAAGGUUGCGAGUUCUUUUUAUUUUUUUAUUUUUUUAAAAUAAAGAAGCCCCAGUGUUUGAUGCAGCAAACUGCAUUAGUGCAUUCGUCAAUCGUCACAUCCCUGUUGCAACAUAAUAUUUUAUUAUUAACUUAAUAUAAACGCAAAAAAAACAAAGAACAUUGGGGAAUUACAAUUUUCUUUAUCAUCAAACUUUAUGAAAAUAUAAAAUGUUAUUUUGGUGGAUAUUAAAAAUUGACUAAUAUGGCUACCAUUGAAAAAACUAGAGUUAAGAAAAAGAAAAAGGUCAAAGAAACUUCUGAACCCGUUGUAGAAGUCUCGCGUACUGAUUCUAACUAUGCUGUGAACAAAAAUGCUAAUCAGCCGGAGGAAGGAAGGUCAAGCGAUUUGACUACUGAAUUAUUUGUAGAUAAUGGAUUGAAAAAUGCCAACGAAGAAUUGAUUAACUCAGAAAAUCCCGUACAAAUCGACAGACAAAUUAGCAAUGUUGAAAUUCCAACCGCACCCAUUAUAGAUCAAUUUCCGAACAAUAAACAAUUGGAUAGCACUACUUCUUUUCAAUAUCCUGAUUUGAAAGAUAUAGAAAUAUGCAAUGAACCUAAAUUAGAACCACCUUUGAUCACUAAAAUAUCUAUUGCGCCAAAUCCUAUGACGAGAACUCAGUUAUCGCAAUUAUAUGAAUGCAAAAUAUUGGAUUUAGUUAAACAAUUUGAACUUGAAUUUCUAGCAAGUUCGCUGAAAGAAAAUUUUGAUAAUGAUCCAUUAUAUACACUUUUACAACAAUAUGCAGUAGCAAGAAGUAAAAUUAAGGUUAAUUUAAUAGAUUUGAAAGAUUUGAAAAAUAGAUUUGAGGCGCUGAAAAAUGAUAUAUGGAAAAUUACAACUUGUUUUAAUCAGGAUAGCGGAGUUUGUAAUGACAAUGUUCGCGUUACUGCCAAAGAAAGCUAUGAGAUUCGUGAAAUAGAUCAGACGAAACUUGAAAAUUUAUACUCUACUUUGACUUCAAUGCAUGAAUUAAUUUGUUUUUCAUUUACCAAAAAUAAAAUAACAGCUGAAACAGCAAAGUUAAAGGUUGAUCAAAUUAUAAGAGAAAUUCUAUCACAUCCAUGCUUUAUCAAAGUCGAAUCUUACUCAGAUAUUCGUGUUGUAAUGGAAACAGAUUCGUUGACAUUGCAAGGUUUAAGUCAUCUACGAAGAGCUUUAUCCAUUCUAUUCAGUUGUCUUCGAAAGCCACCCCCGGAUAAGAUAUUUUCUAAUGAUUUAAUUGUUUGGAUUGACACUUUAGUAUCUGCAUAUCUGCGGGUAGCAACAAUUCAGGAUCACUGGUUCCUUAUUUUUCAAAUUUUACGUUGUCCUAGCGGUGUUUCUAAAUGGGCAACCAAAUUUAUUCAAAUUCCUGAAGUAAAAAAAUACGAAAAAUAUGAUUUAAUGGAGUGCUUGGAGAUGAAUCAUUGCUUAUCAAUUUUACAAAUAUUACUUCUUCCAAUAAAGAAAAGAAGUGAAUUUUUGUUCGCCUUGUCAAAAUCUCACAGGGAAAUAUCAGAUCCAGUGCAAGAUGAUGUUUGGAUAAUCGUUGAUUCUGACGGCGAAGAAGGAAGUGAUUAUAAAGGUGAAUGCCUUGGAAUGAAAGAAAAUGAUUUAAUUAGCUUUUUAAACCAGAUUCCAUUAGAAAUGAUCUUUCGAUGUGCUAUAAACGCUGAAAAAAACAAUAGUGAUUAUGAUAUAGAAAGCGAUCGUAUUAGCGAAUAUCAAUUCUUACGGAUUAUUGCUUUUUUUACUAAUUUGAUCGAGGUUUUUGGGGAAGGCUUAUUGACCUAUAAUAUAGAACGUUAUAAACAGUUUGCUAAAAGAUUAGGUAGAUUAAUAAGGCAUACCAUUCACUAUGUAUCGGAUAUACACGAAAUUUUUUUGAGAAAUAAGUUAUCAAAAGACCCUUUUUCUUGCGAUCAAAUUACAGUUGAAAUGAAUGCUUUUAUCAUUAAAUCCUGUAGCUAUAUUUAUAAAACUCCAAAUUUAGCAACAUGGCAAUAUUUUGCUUCAUUACCAUUCACUUUACUUCAAACCGAUACUUUGUGGCAGCUAUUUCUUUAUCUUAAUGUGGGAUUUCCUGACGAUUUUCCAGUAGCUAAUGAAGCUAAAAAUGAGGAUGUUAAGUUUAAAUUAGAUUUUAAAAAAACAUUGUGUGAACAAAAUUUCUGGUUUCGCUUUAAUUUAAUUGCGUCACAUUUAUCUCCAGAAGAUUUGUAUUAUUUGAUUCAAGCGUUUUUUGAAAUGGCAAACGAUAGGGAUCGAUCGAAAGAUUGGGAAUUCAUAGAAACAGUUUGCUCACACAUUUUUUUGGUUGGUUUUGUUAACGAACCGACGAGAGAAACUUGCUAUAAAACUUCGCGGGAUAUGUUGACUAAUCUAACCUUAUCAUAUCCAGAGUUGAUCGAUUCAUUAUUACUUCAAAUGAAGAUUCGAUUUGGUGAAACAGAUAAUUUAAUUUACUUGGUGAAAUCACUUCCACUAGAAAAUUGGAAAGCUAAUAUUUCAAGUUUUGAAAUUUUGUCAAAUUGGUUGCUUAAUUAUAAUUACGAUUGCAAAGAAAAUGCGUUAGCCCGUAUCAUAAUUAGUCAUUUAAAUUGGUGUUUUGAUACUGAUAAACGUUUAUUUUUGCCACACAAUAUCCACGUACGAAUGGCUUGUCUGAUAUGUGAGGCACUAAAUAAGCAUAAUCCAGAAAUUAUUGGGGCGUCGUCAAUUUCAGAGGGUAUGCGACAAGUUUCAAAUUUGAUCGAAAACCAUUCCGAUAAAGAACAAUUUACUACAUGGUGUUGGAAUAUGAUUUCGUUAUUACGAUUACAUUUAAUGGAUCAGAAUAGCGAAGCAAUUAAAAGAACUCUGCAAAAUCCGUCAGAUUACUUAUGCUUUGUUCCUGAUCUUGAAAAUUUUGACAUAAUACAUCAAGGUGUCACAGAAAGCCGCCCACUAGCACUUUACAUUUCUUUAUUAAUAAGCUUAUGGGGCCACUCAAUUCCGUUAAUAUGCCAGAAAGGGAUUAAUCAAAUGAAAAUGUUACUAUUAGAUCACCGAUAUAAACAAGUGAUUAGAUGUAUUCAGUUGAUUACACCGUUGUUUUUAGAAAGUCCAGAUACGUUGUCUCAAUGCGAAAGUUUUCAUGAAAUAUUAAAAAUUAUUUUAAACGCUGAUCGAACUUAUAUAAAAAUGGCAAAGGAUUUAGUCAAACCGAAUUCUCAUGGACCAGUAUUUGAACAUUUUAUCAAUAUGAUGCAAUCACAAAUUAUUCAUUAUUAUGAAACAGGAUUAACGACACCAUCGUUGUUUAUUCACUUAUGGCUUGACAUUUUAUCGAAUUUUCCAAAUUGGCAAAAUACAAAUGUUGUUUUCUUAGUAGAUGCCAUUUUGAAAAUUGCUUAUCAGUUUUCUGAUUCAUGGUCUAAUUGCAAAGAAUUCUUCAGAGAAUAUUAUAAAAACUGUAAUGAUUGGAAAAUGGAGCGUGCAUCCACAUUUAAACUGUUUUUGAGUUCUGGAAAUCAAAAAAAAUUUCCAAAUUUGUCUACUGACUGUGGAUGGUUGUCUUUAUUACUCUUAGAACUUGAACAUGAAACACAAGAAUGUAAUAUAUUAUGGCCAGAAUUUUUAAGGAACUUAUUUGAAAGCAAUGAGAAAAAUCUGGAUAUCAUUUUAAAGAGAAGCUGUAACGCGAUUGGCUAUCAACCAUUUCCUGCUUCAUCUUUGGUGUUAUAUAAAUAUGCAAAUUUAAUAGCAAAUUCAGAUGUAAAUCAUCCUUUAUUGCCAAUUUUUGGACAAAAGUUUUUUCUUCUAUAUUUAGCACGAAUAAAUUUAAAUUCAGAGGAAGUCAGGUUUCACAGUUUUUACGCUGUCUCAGACAAAUUUUAUGAAUUUAAUAUUCCAUUGAUGAAGAAAAUGAAAUUAAGAAUGAAAUCAGCGGAAGAAAACUAUGCAAAAUUAUCUUCAGAAAAUGCUGGCAAUGAAGUCCUAUUGUAUUUUUACACGCAAUGUGCAAAAAUUAUGAAAACAUUUUUAUUAUGGCUGGAAGAGACAGACUUACAAAAAAUAUCAAAACAGCAACGAAUCGAUUUACCUCCGCAGUACAACACAGAAAAGCUAAUGGACAUUAUAAAUGGAAAUGAGCAACAUUGGACAGAAUUUAUAUAUCUUCGAAAGAUUCGCGAUCAACAAAAACAAGCGUCCAGUCAGUGGCUCCGAUUUUGUUUUAGGCUUCAAGAAGUGAAGCCCAUAUCUAACGACAUAUUACAAACAAAAAAGCAAAUAAAUGCGAUAGAACGCAUUAAAAACCAUUUAAAGUCUUACGAAAAGCCUUUGGAACCACCUUGCUAUCAAAAGAUACCACUAUUAUUUAAUCCGUUAGCAAUCAAAUCGAUUGAUUCGCGUAUCCUGGAAGAACUGAGAAGAGAAUUAAAAUAUGUUGAUGAAUUCACUGAAAACUUCAAUUUCAAAUUCAAGGAAAUGGAGUCUUUGAAUACGAAUUUUAAGGAACAAAUUCAACUCUUAUAUAAAAAUGUACCUUAUUUAAAGGAAGUAUAUCGAGAUUGUUCAAGUAUAACAAGGUUUAAUAAAACAUGUAUCGGUCCAGCAGCAAUUACUCUAAAACUGAAACGUCCUCAAAAAAUAGAAAGUGUACAAAGAAAAGUAGACGAUAACAGAGAAAAGUAUGAAAAAUAUAUUCAAGAAAUAUCCCAAAGCAAUAUUAACGCUCUAGUGUAUUCUAUCCAAAAUAUGGAACAUAUUGUUAGAUGUCUUCUAAUAGCACAAGCCGAAAUCACAGAGAAGACCCAAAGUGGCAAUGUUCAAGUAUCACGUGUUGCAAUUGACUUUUUUUAUGAUAUUUUGAAAAGCUACAAUCAGACCAAUACUCAAACUGUUGAACCAUGCAAUGAAAGUUUUUCAUGUAUUGUCCGUGAAUUAGGUAUUUUCAUUCAAAACAACCAAAUAACAGAAGGGCCUAGAAUAUUAGAUAUGAGUUUAAAAAGACCUGAUUUAUUACCGUUACUUUCUGAGCUUCUUAUCCCUUUGAAAGCAAGUCCUGAAGUGUUUUUAAAAAUGUACAGACUUUUAAUAGACGCCUAUUUGAAUAACUAUGAUGGUGAAACGCUUUUUAUUUUACUAUCAAAAUUUAAUGUAAACGAUAGAUUAAAAUCUUCAAAUUCGGAAAUGACCCUACUACCUCAAUUGUUAAAACUGAUAUUUAACGGUUUGGAAAAUUGGAACAAACCAGAAAGCGGUUCAAUUCAGGAUUUAUUUAGACAACAUUUAGUUUGUAUUUUCAAUAAUGAUUUCCCCCGAAAUUGUUUGGAAGUUUUGCAGAUAAUUUUAAAUAAAAUUGCAGAACAAAAAAUUUGCACUGUCGUACUUUUAGAUUUGUUAAACUCUUUGUUUAAAAAAGUGGGAUGCAACAGCUUAACUUUAGAGUCAUCGAAAACGAAUAUUGAAGAUGAAUGCAUAAAAUUCGCAAAUCGACAGAAUUUUUUUGAUUUCAAAACUAUAAAUGACAUUUUUAAACUAUUUUCCCAACAUUUUCAAAACGAAAGAUUUAAUAACGGCUUACAUGGGUUAUAUCCAAAAUACAAAAAUUAUUGUUUAUCAUUGUCGAUGUGGUUUACUUUGAUAGAUAGAUCGAUAAUAUCUUCAGCUAUUUCAAUUUACCCUGGAAUUCUGGGAAAUCAAAUAUGUGAUUCAAUAUUUGCUCCUAUCAUUGAUUUAUAUUCCCCUUGGCUUACAAUAUAUAAGCAAGAUGAUUUACAACACUUAGAUUCAGUUUGGUCAAAAAAUUUUUCCGGAAAUGGUAAAGAUUUAUUGCCCUGGGAUGCAUCUUACUUGGAUGUUAGUGAAAUUAUGAUUCACUCAUUUGUCAACACUUUGCAGUACAUUUUGAAAUAUCUACCUGUGUCAAAUGCAAUUCUGGGUCAUGUAUACAGUUGGUACCAACAUCACUUUGUAGAUGGGGAUCUGUCGAAAGAUGAAAUUCGCUUAAUAAUACAAAAAAAACUCAUGCAGCUAAAUUGGGAAAAAUUUAGUCCAGAAACAACUCACAUUGAUUUUUUCUAUCGGACUCUUAACAAAGGUUCUCCGACAUGUAAGGCUUUUCUUUGUCACAUUUUCGGCCGAAUUGAGUGGUCAAUAUGGAUGAAAGAAAAUUAUAGUUUUUGGGACUUAAAACGACAAUCUUAUACAAUUAAUUUAUUGUUACCAAUUUUUGUCAAAAUCAGUUUUGAGCCUACUUUAAAUUCUAACUCACAAGCUAAAAUUUUAUAUGAGUCCUUAGAAUAUCCUUGGGAAACACUUGAUGUUAAAAAUAUUGAAGAAGUGUUAAACUGGCUUACUUUGUCUUCAGAUUCAUUACUAAAUAAAGACUCAGGAAAUAAUGCUAUCAACGAGGCUAUACUUAAGUUGCUAGAAAAAAUUUGUGGAAUGACAAGUGAUAGCGAUAAUAGCGUAAAAUAUAAAAGAGUUUUAUACAUUAGAACUAUGGUAAAAAUUUUAUAUUCGUGUUCAUCCAAAAACAACAAAUUGCUAAAAAAUGUGGAGGCCUUAAAAUAUCAUCACAAUGCUCUAGUGGCAAUUCUCAAUAAUUUGGAUGAGUUAUUAUUAAACGAACGAUCUUUAAAAGAUCAAGAAAUAGAGGGGCAAAACUUAUUGUUUGAAAUAAUUGGUCCUUUACAAAACACAAAUCAAACUUUGUCAAAACCCUUGGUUGAUGCAAUUACAUAUUGGCAAUCAGUAUCUAACCCCAAAAGUAUCGCUUUACCUUUAAUCUUAAACAGUUUUGGUCUUUGUAAAACAUUCAACUAUAAUAUGUAUUUAUUAUUAGAAGAAACCUUAUACACAUAUUUUAAAAGUCAUAAUACAGAUACUAAAACACAGUCCUGGGCGGACAUUUUCAAACGUUUGUCGCAUGUCAUCAACAAUUUCGACUAUCAGAUUUUGCUUCAAGGACAAUUUUUCCUCGUAUUACAUUUAUUUAUCUUAUACAAAAUACAAAAUAUGAAUAAUCCGGCGGAGAAAAUUACGUUUUUGCAAGACUUAAGUCAAAUUUUAGGAAAUUUAAAAAUUAAUGAGAUAAAUGAAUCUAGAUUGAUUCUUUUAUGGGGAGCUGUGAUAACUUGUGGUUGUAAAAUGCUAGUUUUAACCGAGAAUGCUAAAAAACCUCUUUUAAUGAUGGCAAGACAACUUUUUAUCUUUGCCAAACAAUGUGAGGGAUGGAGUGAUAGUUUAUUGGGAGCUAUAGGAUUACGACGAGAUAGUGGUCUUUAUAAGCGCAAAAUUUUGUUCAGAUGCUUAUCAAGUAUUGUAUUCAGCUUAUUUCCUGAUCAAAGCGGUGCAGAAACCAAGGAAUCACAAGAAUUUGUUUUAUCUCUGGAUGAACUAAUUAAUGAAAGUCUAAAUAAAUCCACAAAUUAUAAGCAGCAAAUUUCUCAAGCCAUUGAAAUAAUAACAAAUUGUAAGAAUUCGGAGCCGGAAAACGUUACGGAAUCUGUUUUCAUAUUAAUAAAUCUGUUUUAUAACGAAAAUUUUAUGCAAAGUGCACAACAUGUGUGGAAAAUCUAAGUGACCUUAUUUUAAUUGACAUUUCCUAAUUCCAAAUAUUAAUUGCAAACUUUUUUUUAUUAUUUUUUUAUACAAGUCAAAAAAACAAAAUGUUGGUAUAAGUUAGUAGUAAAUACGUACUGUAGUAUUGUACAGUUAUUGCUAGUAGUAUGAAAUGCGAAUAUAAAAAAGGAAUGAAGUUCAUAUAAAUAUGCAGUCCAACGCAAAAGUAUUCGUCCCUUAAUAAAAUUGAAAAAGGAGUAUUAAUAAUUAAAAUUAAAAGAGUAAAGAAAAAUAUAAUUUACAAUGAAAAUUCAAAGAUAAAUCAACUCAAAGGUAAUUUAUUUCGUAAAGAAUGUUUUUCUAAACAAAAGAUCACAAACUUAAGUAUGUGAUCUUAACUUAUUAAGUUACUAUUUUGGUAACUACUUCUACAAAAACUACUUCUCUUUGAUAUAAUUAUGUAAAUGAGAUUUACAAAAUAAGAAAAUAUAGAAAUGCUAUUAUCUUUUAUUAACAAAUUGUAAGUAAAGACACAAAAUUUCUUAUUAGACUUGAAUCUUGCAUUGUUGUUCUAGUAUAACGGUUCGUUCUUAUUUAUUUAUUUUUUUCUUAUUGCUUUCUCUUGUAUUGUUCUUACUUUUUUUGUAUCUGGUGGUGUUAUUAGUCCUUAAGUUUUUUUUAUAUUUUUAUUUGUGCUCGAUUGUUUGAUAAUAUUUCAAAAUACAAUGACAUAUUAUUCUUUGUCUGUAAGAUUUCAGAAUAUAAUUAAUGUGUUUUUACUGUAAUAACAUCACCAUGUUUUCAAACCGUUAUAAGUAAGCCAUUUAUUACAUCAGAAGGUAUCUGCAAUACACGUGUAGGUUUUUUUAUUUGUUGUCUCUUUCAACUUUAGUUCAAAUUGUUCUUUAAACAAUUUUUUAAAUAAACAUCUUUAUCUUUUGAAUAUCCUUUAAGAGUUUUACUAUGUAUUCAUUUAAGGGUUUAGUUUAAAUCCCAAAAUCAUUUGAACUCAUUAUUUAUAUAAAGAAUUUGAAUCUUAUGCUUAUACUAAUGUCUUAAUAUGUAACAAGUCCAAUUUUUUUACGAAAUAUUUCGAUUUGUUGCCUUCUUUCCUGUUUUAUUGUUUAAAUUUCAUUGAUCGUGUCUUCUUCGAUAUUUCUUAUUAUUUUUCUUUUCUUUUUACGUAAAAAAUUUUAAUAUUUCGAAAAAUCUCAGGAUAUUAUUCACGUUUUUUAAAAGCUUCCCAUUUCAAUUCUAUUGAACGAAAAAAAAAAGGUAGGAAGAAAGAAAAAAUGAAAAAAAUUUUUGAGGAAGGAUGUAUGAUUUUUCGUGUACAUUUUUUAUUUUUCAAUAAGGUAAGUUUAGUAGUGUCGGCUAACAAAAAUGGUAAUGAAAAUAAUAUGAUGUGGUAAAUUUUAAUAAUUUGAGUUAUUAGUUCAUUUUAGUUAUUUGGAAGACAUUUAUAGAAUUGUUUCAAUUAAUUUCAAUUAGUUUUUAAGUUAUUAUUAAUAUAAAAAAUCGUUGCUAUUGAGAUUAAAAAAAAAAAACAACAUUUGAAAUUAUUAAAAAAGUAAACAAGUGGAAAUAUGUUUCCAUCGAGUGCCAAUUUAUUCUAUUUUGAUGAGUACACCAGUAAUAGUAGUGAAGACGAAGAAAAUGCAAAUAUUGGAAGGAUUUGUAUAAAGGAUCUAUCAAACCUAUUGGCCUUACCAGAAACUGAGUCAAUAUAAUUGGUUUUUUAUUAGAAGUCCUAGAGCGUUUAACUCCACAGCAAGGUUCGCCGACCUUUCCUUCAAUAUACUUUUAUUUCUUCAAAUUUAAAUCUAUCACGAGCUGCCUCCUUUUUUUUGAUUACUUUCAUUAGUUCUACUAAUUUUGCGAACUGCUCCUGAUGUUUUUUAAACUAAAAGUUUAUGAGUUUAUAUAUACUAACACAACUACAUGUAAUAAUAAAUAUGUAUAUACUCAAUAUGUAUACAUCAACGAAAAAAUAGUUGUAUAAAUAUAUGUACAUAUAUAUUUAUACAACUAUGGAUAAAUAGUAAAACAAACAUUUUUAUUAUAUACAAUAGAUGCUACAUAGAUAUUAUUUAUUACAAAAAUUUAGUUUAAUUACAUUUACCUUAUUAUAGAUAUUUAAAAAUUAAAAUUUAUUUUACAACUAAUGUUUUACCCUUUUUCACAAUAACCCCAUCAUAAAGUCUCAAAGUAAUAUAAACUACCAACUGAAAAUCACAAAAUUUUAAAUAUUACUUCCAGCCACCUAACGCCUAAUUUUGACGUUUCUCUCGAAAUAAUUUUAUUUCCAUAAUACCAUUUAGACGAAUUCGAGAACAAAGACAUUCGCUUCGCAAAACCAUAAUAACCCCAUAUACAUACAUAUUUUUAAUAUUGAAUUAAUAAAUUACCUUUGAGUUGAUUGAUUUUUGGUUCUUAUUCGAAAUUAUUUCAAUACUCUUUAAUUUUAUUAAAUGUACGAAUAUUUUUGCGGCUGGGGUGCAUAUUAUAUAGAAAUAAGGCAUUACUUUUCUUAUUUUAUAUUUUCGCUUUAUGAUCGUUUUAUUGAAAUAUUUUACAUUAUUAUUUUUAUUUUUAUAUGUACAUACAUAAGAUUUUAUUGCUAUAGGGACUUAUUGUAAUGUACAUAAAAGUACAUAUAUUUGUAUGUACAUAUGUACAUAUAUAUUAAUAACAAAGCGUCUAAUUUUGUUUCUAUGCAUAUGUUCAUAAAAUAAAUAAUAAGAAAUUUA